CUUCUUCUUCUUCGUUCCCUUCGUCUCCAAGAAACAAAUAUCCUUCUUGCGUUUCUUUUUCUCUAGAUACCUUCGUCUCCAUAGUUUUUUUAUUGAUCGACUGAGUUUCACUAUGGAGGAGAUCCGGGUUGCCAAGUCUGCGUAUACCAAAGACGAUCACAGCAAAGCAAAUGACGAGAAAACAAUGUCAAUUUAUCUGCAAAGUACGAAAGAUAGCGGAGAUUCAUGGCCUGAGUACUUCUUCGGAGACACAAACUUGUUCACCAAGAAUCCAAGCGAGGUAUUGGAAUCUGAGAACCCUUUCUUCGUCUUCGUUUACCCUAUAACGGAAGCCUGUGGAAGAACCGAUGGAUGCGACUCUGGUGGCUGGAGGAUCAUCGGCCGUGAUAAACUGAUCAAAGACGAGGAAAGUGGGAAGAUUCUAGGGUUCAAGAAGAUCCUCAAGUUCUGCGGGGAAACGAAAGCGAGAGGUUACAAGAGAACUUGGGUGAUGGAGCAGUUCAGGCUUCCGAGUAAAUGGAACCCUAAGCAAGAUCACGUGGUUUGCAAGAUUCAGCUUUUGUUCCAAACCGAGAUCAGUUACUUGCUAUCCAAGCAUUUCUCCUACUCAUCGGAUCCGCUUCCUCCAACACAGUCGUUGCCAGCUUAUGGAGUCUGUUUAGCCAAUCCACAAGACGAUGGUGCAUAUCAUCUGCUGACGAUAUUUGAUUCUGUUGGAAACAAAUGGCCUAGCUACGUUACCAACGACGUGUACUGCGUGCAUCCAUCGACCCUUGUGGAUCAUAAAGAUAUUAGGUUUUUAGAAUCUGGACUCUGCAUCUUCGCUGACCAGACAGAGGAUUGUGGGUAUACGGAUGGGUGUGAAAGCGGUCGCUGGAUGAUCAUGGAAGAGCAUGAUGCGAUCUAUUCGAUGAGCUAUGAGGUUAUGGGUUACAGGAGGGUUUUCAAGUUUUGCGAAGAGGAUGAAGACAAGUUUUUUGAUAUUGAGAAUGGAGAAGAAGUGUUGCUAACUUGGAUUAUGGAAGAGUAUAGACUUGUGGAAGAAGCAAUGAAGGAUAAAGUGUUGUGUGUAAAUAGCAUUGAUGAUCAUGACUCAUGAGAGCCUUGUACAUAUUCCAAAUUCCAAUUCUAUUCAGUGUCACAUUUUGUCUCUUUAAAUAGCUGCAGAACUGAUCAUGAGUCUCUGUUUUGUACAUAU